AUGGCGAACACUUCGCGUUUUCCUUUGCAUGAGAGCGUAUUUAACGGCAAUCUACGUCAAGUUUCUGCUCUUCUCAGGUCUCAUGAUGUGACAGAAAAAGAUAUACAUGGAAACACUCCUCUUCAUCUAGCAGUAAUACUCGGCCAUAAAGAAUGUGUACAUCUUCUGCUGGCUCACGGUGCACCGGUCAAAGUCAAAAACGCUCAGGGAUGGACUCCACUUGCAGAAGCUAUAAGUUACGGUGAACGACAGACAAUCACAUCACUUCUACGAAAAUUGAAACAACAAUCCAGAGAAUCACUAGAAGAUAAAAGACCACAGUUAAUCCAAGCACUUCGAGAUUUAGGAGAUUUUUAUUUAGAACUGAAAUGGGAUUUUCAAAGUUGGGUUCCUUUAGUGUCGCGAAUGCUACCGUCAGAUAUUUGUAAAGUUCACAAAAAGGGCAGCUGUAUACGAGUAGAUUCAACGCUAGUAGACUUUAAUGAUAUGAAAUGGCAGCGGGGAGAUUUAACAUUUAUAUUUAAUGGUGAUGCUAGACAAAGUAAAUCAUUAGUAGUGAUAGAUAACGAAUUAAAGGUUUACCAAUGGAUAAGGCCUGAUGACAAUGAAAGCGAAAUUGAAGAUGAAGUUGAUAUCCUCAUGAGCAGCGAUAUUGUCACGGCAACGAUGUCUACAAAACCUAUUACAUUUACCAGAGCACAAAGCGGUUGGUUAUUUCGAGAGGACAAGUCUGAAAUGGUCGGCCCUUUUAGCGCCGAUUUUUACAUAGUUAAUGGUAUGAUGAUAGAAUCCAGGAAAAGAAGAGAACACUUAACAGAUGAAGAUGUUCAGAAAAAUAAAGCAGUUAUGGACAGUUUCAGUAAAGGCACUGUGGUUGAGGGCAGUAUAGAGUCACAUAGACGGACAUCACUACCACCUCCAGUGCAGAAUGGGGUGUCAUGGGAAAAUUACAUCAAUGCGCCACCAAAACAUCCGCCUGUUCUAGGAAGACAGAUUCUAUACAAAGAAAGUAGGAAAGGAGUGAAAGCUACAGUUGCCAUGAGUGAUGAAUUUCCACUCACAGUAGAAGAACUACUGAAUGUGCUUGAGGUUAUUACUCCAUUUAAACAUUUUAAUAAAUUACGAGAAUUUGUAGAAAUGAAAUUACCCACAGGUUUUCCGGUAAAAAUUGACAUUCCUGUAUUGCCGACAAUCACGGCCAGGAUCACAUUCCAAGAAUUCCAGAAUGAUUUUGAAAUCCCCUCUUCGCUAUUCUACACCCCUCGAAACUACAAAGAGGACCCCAACCGCUUUCCGGAUCUUUAGCAUUGAUAUAAUCACAGACG